UACGUAGGCUGUGCACUAGCUGUACUGUAUCGUUUGGCUGAAUAGUUAUGUCACAUUAAACGAAAAAGGAGAUUGGAUUUAUGUAAAUAGAGACCCUGUCUUUUUAUUUUGACUCGAAUUUCAGCAAUUCCUCAGUAUUUUCUGAAAUAUGUGGCUGUAAUACUUCAAGUUAAAUGGUGCAGCCCCCUGCAGUACCGCUGUGGACCACCAGUGGUCUUGCAUGGACUACAGUUUCACCUACGGCCAAAAUAUUGCAUCCAUUCUUCAGCCCAUGAUGUCAUGAAGGCUGUUUGCUGAGUGACAUCAUCCUCGCCACAGCAACAGCUAAGAAACUGGUGCCCUUCGACCCUAAACAAACAAUGAACUGAGGGAAACCCCCCCCCCCCCAACCCCCUUCUCUACCAGCUCUACUAACGACAAACCCUCUGCCCCGUCAACCCAGACCGGGACAGAGGCGAGUGUGUAUGUGUCAGGAGUCUCUGCCCGUGCUCCGGAAAGAGCCAACUGGCUACACCCCCCCUCCCCUCGCCUGAGAGGAGGCACCUCUGACCUUUCUACCUGUUUGACUGUCACCCAGCCACUACAAUCAACACCAAGAACCAUGGGGAGGAAAAAGAUUCAGAUCCAGAGGAUCACCGACGAGAGGAACCGACAGGUGACGUUCACAAAGAGGAAGUUUGGUUUGAUGAAGAAGGCUUAUGAGCUGAGUGUUCUGUGUGACUGUGAGAUCGCCCUAAUCAUCUUCAACCACUCCAACAAGCUGUUUCAGUAUGCCAGUACCGACAUGGACAAGGUGCUUCUCAAAUACACAGAGUACAAUGAGCCCCACGAGAGCCGAACCAACGCAGACAUCAUUGAGACGUUAAGAAAGAAAGGCUUCAACGGUUGUGACAGUCCUGAGCCAGAUGGAGAAGACUCCAUCGACCAGAGCCCCCUAAAUGAAGACAAAUACCGCAAGCCCACUGAAGAUCUUGACAUCCUCUAUAAGCGGUACAGCGUGAGUUCUGCGGUCCCGCCUCCAACAUUCUCCAUGCCCGUCACCGUCCAGGCCUCUAAUCAGAACACAUUGCAGUUCAGUAACCCUGGCAACGCCAUGGUCACCACCUCCUAUGUGACGUCGUCAUCACUCUCUGACAACCAUCACCUGUCGCCCCAGCAACCGGCGCUCCAGAGAAACACUGUGUCGCCCGGGUUGCCACAGCGACCAGCCAGUGCAGGUGCUAUGCUCGGAGGUGACCUGAACAACUCAAAUAGCGGAUGCCCAAGUCCAGUCCCUAACGGAUAUAUCAGUGCCAGGGCCUCCCCAGGCCUCCUCUCCGUUUCCAACGGCAACAGCCUGGGGAAAGUAGUUCCGCCCAAGUCCCCGCCCCCGCCGCAGAGCCCGCAGAUGGUGAACAGCCGCAAGCCAGACCUCAGAGUCAUCACCUCACAGGCUGGGAAGAGCCUAAUGCAGAUGACAGAUGAUGAGCUGGAGUUGGUGAACGAGAAUGCUCAACGUUUGGCCGGCGCUCAGGCGGCUCAGGCACUCACCACGCCAGUGGUCUCCGUGACGACGCCCAGUCUCCUCGCCCAAGGGUUGCCCUUCUCCGCCAUGCCGACGGCUUACAACACAGAGUACCAGCUGACGAGCGCCGACAUCACCGCUCUCCACGCCUUGGCGUCGCCAGGCGGCCUGCUUCAAGGCAACGUGCCGUGGCAACAACAGCAGCAGCUUUCUGUAUCCCAGCAGCAGCAGCAGCAGCAGCAGCAGCAACAGCAGCAGCAACAGCUGAAUCUGGCGUCGCUUAGCAACUUGGUCAUGUGGGGCAUGGACAAACAGAGCGGAGAGCUGUCUAGCCAGAUCUCCAGUCUGGCGGCCAACCUGAGCGCCUCGCAGUCCAACCUCCUCUUGGGUAGAGAUGAGUGGUUGGGCCGGCCGGUGGGUCAUAUACCUCAGGGUACCAUGCUGACCGUCAACACCAACUCCAGCGUGAGCAUCAAGUCUGAGCCCAUUUCACCCGGGCGAGACCGCCGCUCCCCGUGUCCGCCUCCCGCUUCCGCCCCGUCCUCCUCCGGCGGGGGUGUCCAGACAGCCGCGCCCCCGCCACAGUACCCCGGUUCCCUGUUGUGCCUGGAGCCCCCGACCGGCCGCUCCCCCGCCGACAGCCUCAGCAGCAACGGAAGCUCAUACGAGGGCAGCGACCGCGAUGACCCGGGGGCGGGCGGCGGUGGAGGAGGCGGCGGCGGCAUCGUCGGAAGUGCGGCCGGAAACGCGGGCAACCCUGGCCGUUCCCUGCCCCCCGACUUCGGCUCCUCUGCGGAGCUCCUGCGGGCCCAGAGUGAAGCGGAGCAGGAGGGGGCUAACAUCAAGCGCAUGAGACUCGAUGCGUGGGUCACAUAAAAGACAACGGCGCAAACGCCCUUGACCCAUGAAGCACCACAGAACACGAAACCCCACCACCACACACACACACACACACACACACACACACACACACACACACACACACCAUCACCGCCACCUCACCCCACUGCCAUUUGCCACCACCACCCAAACCUUUUUCCUUUCCUCCAUCCCCCUACAAUAACACCCACCACCCAAGAACUCUAAGCCGAGCCAGAAACUCAGGGGCUAGUGCUCCACGGGAAGGAAGAUGCUGAAGUCUGCCAUUGGAUUUUGUAUGGGACAGCACAUUCAAAUUAUGGGGGCUCGAAUCUCAAAGCUGUCUCGCUUGAAUUGAGUUGGUUUUCGGGGGGUAUUGACACUUACUCUAUCAGGACUUCAAAAGAGAAUCUACUCUUCUGAUUGUUUUGACUGCUCAUUGCUGUUCAUACCAGAUGUAAGUUAAUCUAGAUUGGUUAGAUAACCCAUUCGGCACGUCACGUAUUUAAUUUGAACUUGACUGUUUGACGGACGGCUUGUCUUUGUGCUUUCUCAACACAAGUGUUGGUUCUUUUCACCUUAGGACAUCCUGCCAUAUUGACUCUUUACAUCUGUUGUUUAUUUUUUUUUUUUUUGUUAGUGCUAAAUGCUAAUGAGACCUGUCAGUUUUUCAGAAAAGCACCCCUUCAAAAUGCACUUUGGGAAUGACUGUUUGGACAAGUGCUGCUUGCAAAAAAAAAAAUGUUAAUCCUGUCUCAGCUUCGUCUGUGGCGCUGAGCAAGAAGACACAGGCGGACAAACAGGAAGUCCGGUUGGUCUGGGAAACACAGGAAUAGAUCCCACGGCUUCUGCCAAUGUACAGCACCCCCAGCCACUGGCCAAAGCCUCAGGUGGCACUCUGUGGUCAGCAGGCACGGUCAGCCACGGUCAAGAACGAGAGCCUUGCCCGAGUGUCGUUAUCAACCGUUUCAUGCCAAAUGCCUCGGGCGUGGUACAGGGACACAGUAAUAUCGUUCACUUAUUUUGACUCGCAGACUCCAUGAAAGAGUCAGCAACUCGUAGAUGACUUCUGCUCUCAAUAUCUCUAUGCUCACAUUUAUUUAGUCAUCACCUUUUUUUCUUUCCAGUUUUGAAGGAAUUGCUGCAAUCAUUGUUGCACCAUAAAUUAGGCUAGAUACUGGGAUACAUGUCUGAGAACUUCUAAAGGCUCCUUUAACUAGUAGAAGCCUCAAAUGCAAUGCAUUUUUGAUGUUUGUUUUGGAUUUCUGCUUGUUCUCGUUAGGGAUGUCUUUGGGCUUUUCAGUCCGGUUUGGGGGAAGUAAGAGGCAGACUGUAUAAAAUCACCACUUAUACAAACAUUUUUGAUGUUCCCAAUAGCUUUCCGCUGCUCUGCAAACGUUUUAAACAAUCUGUUUCAGCAGGAUUUAAAAGGACAUUUUCUAUUUCUAUAGCUUCAGUUGGCAGCAAAGCAGUUGGCCUUUCAAUAUGGACGAUGUGUGUACAUAUGGAUAUUUGCGUAGACUUGUCUAGGUAUCCCUGAAACAAGCAAUGUGUUCAUUCUCAGUGGAUCUGUUUGCAUAUGGGUGUGAGUGUGACUUUGAUAUGUUUUGAGCUACAAUGCAGGGGCCCUGCCGCACUAGCCAGUGAGUUUGUUUCAGUAACCUAUAUAAUGAUAGUGUUGAUGGUGUGCACUUUCUGUCUCUCACUCACUCUUUAGGAGCCUGCUUGCCUGCGGUUUGGCUGUUGUGUCAACAUGUCCUUUGGCCACGCGCUCUGAACCCAAUUCCCAUUGAUCAAAGUAGAUUUACAGACCACCAUAACAACAUAGAAAUUAAAUGGAUUCUGCUGUUGAACGUCGUGCAAUGGACGUUUUCAUUCAAUCAAAAACAAUUUUUGUCUUAAAUCUGGUUUUGUGAACUACAGCAUACACUUGUUGAGCAAAAUUUACAGCGUACCCAUGUUGAGCAAAAUUUAAAACCUACUUUGUUCUUUGUCAAAUGUCAUAUGAAAUAGUUAUUAAAUAUGUAUAUGCUCAUGUUCACACUGCUGUGAGCUAGGUCAAAUGGAGUUAACACAUUCUAAGGGACAGUUUGACAUCAUACACCUUGAAAUAUGCAUGGAAGCAGUCAGCAUUAGAAAACCAUAUAAUUGUUUUAAAUCGUAUGUUUUGUCAUUUUAAGGCAUUGUUUUAAAGUGACAUUGCCAAAAGCAACCCAGAGAAAUUGGGGAAUUAUUUUAUAAACAAUUCCCAAUGCCUUUAUCAAGCAUUAUUUUGUGUAAUUUCUGUUGGUUUAAACAUUCUGUCCAUGUCCUGGAAACAAAGGCAAAAAUAAUACAUAAUAUACAGGAGUGGACAAAAUAACGGAAACACAUGGAGAAAGACUGUUACUGUGGAGUCACUACAUCACAUUUUAAAAACACAACUGCUGGUCACAUUAGGUUGAUGGCCAAUCAGCAGUUCAUACAUGUCUGCUAUGAAGCUAUAUUAGCACUUUGAUAUGUGUUCAAAGCAACAUGAGGCAACUGAGUUGUCCAGAGGCCAAAUAGUCAGUUACUGGAUUGCAACUGCAUCGGUCACAAAAACUGCAAAAUUAUUGGAACAAUCUCAUAAAUCAUGACCACAUAUGCAGAACAUGGACAAAUUGCAGCGGCAAAGAGGAACAGUGGUCACAGUUUGAUGCUGACCGACUGGGAAUGACAUAAACCUAAGUUUGGUUAUGCCACAAAAGUACAGUCUAAAAAAGUUCCACAGAAUUGAAUCAGCUGCUCUGUGACCCAGUCUCAACAAAUACCGUACAACUUGAGCUUGGAAGCCAAAGAAUGCCCUCCCACAAUAUCUACUGCCAACUAUUAAACAUGGUGGGGGUAAUGGUAUGGGCAGCCAUCUUGUGGGAGUCAUUGGGUCUGAAGAUUGCUCUACAUGGUCAUAUAACGGACUAGGAAUAUCAGGUCGUUCUACCGGACCAGAUGCACCCUAUAUUGCAAACACUGUCCCCUCAUGAUGUUCCAAUAUUCCAGGAUGGUAAUGCCACCAUAAACACUAAGAAUUCAAGAGUGGUUUUAUGAACACCAGGAUGACGUCAAACAGAUUCCAUGGCCUUCCCAAUCAUCAGAUCAGAACAUAAUUCAAUCUUCAUGGGAAGAGCUGAGGCGCAGAGUGCAAAGUAGAUUUCUACCACCUUCAUCCCUUAGAACUGGUAGAUUUUCUUUUUGGAAAAAUUGUCCAAGAUCCCACUACACACAGUUGAGGCAUUCCAAAUAGGAUUGGAGCUUUUCUGAAGGCAAAGGGUGGCCCGAUUCCUUAUUAGGUCUCUGAUAUAUUGUUACGCAUAUCCGUUAUUUUGUUCAACUCCUAUAUUAAAAUGUGCUAAA